CACCAAAUCAUCCGGUAUGAUCAUCGCAAUUAAACAAACACAACCCGUCACCCUGUUUCACUCGUAACGACUCAAUAUAUUUAAAAGCAAAACAGCACUAAUUUUUCCGAGUCUAAUCAAUCUGGUCCCAAAAUGUCGCUCAAAAUAAACCAUCCUCUCUGCAUAUUGUGAUCCUUGUUUCAUACUCAUCCACUAUACUUGAAACACUACCAUCUCCGCCUGUGAUCGCAUCUAAACAUCCCACUUUCUCACCUGGAUUGGGUAUAAUUCUUGUUCUCUCCCCCGUCAACUAACUGCUGUUGAACGUCUCUCCCAACCUCUCCGUUGCAGUGCAGCGCAGCGUUUCCCAUUCUCAGUCACUCGUUAACAUAGGUGUUGAUCACCUGUUGGUCCGUUACUCUUCACUACGAUCCGUUCUUUUUCUCAGCAAACUUCUCGACUCUCUUUCCGCCCGCUAAAUCAACUGUCGAGAUGCAUUUCAUCAACCUUGUCGUCGUCUUCAUCGGCCUUGCAGCCGCAGCACCCACGGCCACUCCCACCAAAGACAACAUGAUCGCCGUCUCAACCACAGCACCCAGCGCCUACGAAGAUCCAUACACCUACUGGGCUGCUGGAAACCACUCCUUCAGUACAUGCGACAAGAAGACUUACAACGCGCACCAGGCCCCCAAGAGCACAAAGCGAGCCAACUACAGGGACUGCGCAGCGCUUCUCUCAACCUUUGGCACUCGUAACGGCACUUUCAGCAUCCCCGCUGCUUCCGACGACAAGCGCGAAUACGGCGUGGGAGAUGGACUUGUCAACAUCGUCAAGUCCGGGUCGUGCGCCUUUGCUGUGCGCGCUGACAAGGGAUUAAAGGUCGGCGAUGAUGAUGUGGUUUGGAUUAUGCAGAAGGCCGUUCUUGAGUACUCUGCUGGAACGGAGAUGGCGGCUCGUGGAUCUGUCAAGUGUGCUGCUGAUGAGGCUGGGAAGAAGGGAGGUCUUUACUGGCAGGUUCAUGGUAUUGAGUCUGCUGGUUAUUAGCUGGAUUUGGCUCGGUGGUCUUGGUGAUCAUCUGUUCGGUCGA